AUGGGCUGUAGCCCAGACAGCCCACUAUGUGGAUCCGUCCCUGGACACAAACCAGGGGUAGCUAGGGGAGGAGGCCUACGAGCUUUCGUCUUGCCCUUACAAGCAAAUGUUCAUGGAUCCAAUAUUGUAAGUAGCAUGCCAGCCUCAGCUGUAAGGGUCGUUGACGACCAUGAAAUCGAAGAGAGUGAUAUGGUGGUGUGCGUCUUGAAUUUCACUUCGUCAAACGAUUUGGGCCAAGUUAGGAACCAUUUCUCGACCACUGGGUCCUUAGCCUUGGUGACGAGGCUACUUGUGUUGUGUCGUGCUCGGUGGGGUUAUGCUUGGUGGUCAAGUGAUCUCUCAAGUCCUCUUUGA